GAGUCACGUGGUCCUUCUCAGAUGGUAGGCUGACCUACCUGCGUUUGUUACAUGAACGUUUCGACAGGACCCAGUGAAGCCUUCUCUACAACAUGGCCCAAACGGAGUGCAACGUCGGCAUUGUGAUAGGCGUGAUUUCGUCCAUCCUUGUAGCUGCCGGUCUCGGGGCUACUCUGUAUGUCACCACAACCGGCAGCGGCAGCAACGGGAACUCCACCAUUACAAGAUCCACAACUCCGUCUACAACCACAGGGAACGUCUACAUGACGCCAUGUGGGGUCUGUGGUCCCGAGAUCGAUGUUGCAAUCACCAUACAGAACUUCAUAGUGAAACCCUUCUUCAAUCAUACCAUUGAAUUGUUCGGCAUGAGACAACAAGUGCUCAUCUUCUUCAUGGAGAAGGCAGCGAAAAAGCAAACGGAAUUCAGGUUUGCUGGGAAGUACGGAGCGUACGGCUUUCUUGUGGAAACCAUCAAUGGCCUGACGUCCAACUACAAUCUCAACAAGACGUGGUGGCAAAUCAUAGAUCAGGACAUGGCGAUGCUCAACGAAGGUGUAAGCAGCCACAUCCCCCAGCAUCAGGAGACCGUCAUCUUCAACUUCACGCAGAGCGCAGACCAUUAAAUCUACAGUCUGUAUGAACCUGUGAUAAAUAUUCAAGAGAGUUGGGACAUUUUCAGUCCCAAGAUCACAUACACGUUUUUUUUCAACACUUUUUAAAACAAUAUACAACCACCUAUGUACAAUGGAUUAUAUUUUUACAAUAUACAAUAAAAGUUUCCUUCAUUUAAAGGCGCACAA